AUGACCAUCCACCGUGUCACUUUAUUCAACAUCCCUAAAUCAGAGGACAUCGACGUUCUCCUCGCGGAAUAUCGCAGCCUAGCCCAGGAAGCUAAGAGGGACUCAGAGCCGUAUAUUGUUUCCGUUCAAGCAGGUCGCACUCUGCCCGAUGCACGAACGAAAGGCUAUACACUAGCUGUUAAGACCGCCUUCCACAACCUGGACGAUAUGUAUUUUUACGACAAUAACUGCCAAGCGCACAAGCGUCUUAAGUCAGUUGCUGCUCCGAGGAGGGAGGGCGAUGUGUUUACUGCUUAUUUUGAGGAUGAGGUUGGUGCAACUACCUAA